UCUUGGGAGGUGAGACGGGAAGCCAGAGAGGAAGGUUAGGAAAGGCUGUGGUUUGGGUGUAAACACGUGGUGACAUUUGUGGGGGUUGAUUGUGUCCACCUGUGUGAGAUUAUGAAUGGGUGUGUGUGGUCCUUGUGUGCACACAGUGGGCAGAGCUGUUUGAUUGCCAAGGUCAAUGUGUAAGUUAAACGUAAUUCUAUGGCUUGCUUCGCCAGCUGAGGGUAAAAAUACAGCCACAGCCCCUUCAAUUUUCCAAGUAAUGGUUUGGUCUCCUACAUACCCUGAUAAACAGAAAGUCUAUCGUCUUCCUUUGGAGACCUCGCUAACCCCCAGUUGCCUGAGAAUUCCAGAACUUACUCAGGGCAGAGGAAUCAUUCCUGUCACCAGAUACCCAGCAGAGUAGGGGUGAGUUUCAUCAGUAUAGCCGCGGUGCGGUUCCGGAGGCUGCCAUCAGGCAUCACUAUUAAACGCUGGUCUCACACAGCCUGGUGGAUGUGUGGGACAGUGAAAGUUGGUGACUUUGCUUGUCUCAGUCCCUGCAGGACUGUAGUGGAGCCACACCCCAAGAUCUGAGGUUUAACUCUCUUACUCGGCCAUCGGUUCCCAAGACAUGCCAGGGUGAUUGGUCCCAGGGGGGUUUCCCACUCCAGCCACAUGCCGUAAAGAACCUGUCCUCCUCAGUCAUCGAUCUGAGGUUACUGGCUAAGCCUUUCUCAUUCCUCCUGGUUAGUUCCUCUUUUGGGUCCUGGUGUCAUUUCCUGCCAAGGAAUUUUAGGUAGAGCCACCCCAGCCUCCCUCUCCUCUCAUGUAUUAGUGGUUUUAGUCUCUCCCCUCCACAAGACCUUGGGCUCCUUAUGUAAAUUGGUCUUCCUUCUCUCCAAACUCUGCAUGCCAAGGGAUGAGACACAUGACUCCUGACAUAAUAACAAGGCCACUCUGGAGUGAUUUUCAGUCUCCACCCAUGAACAUGAAGUGGUCAGCAUAAUUUUUACUUCAUCUGACACCCUGAUACGCAGGCCCAUGUGUCUUGGUCUGGCUGUCUGGAUAUUCGUAUGUGUCUCUUUGAGCAUCUGUUACUCUGUGCUGUGUCUGUUCGUGACCUUUGGGCAAGUGACUGUAUCCUUAAUCUAUCUGUGCCUCAGUUUCCUCAUUUGUACAAGGAAGACCUACCUUUUAAGAUUAUUGAGAGGAUUACAUGUAAAGUACUUAAAAUCACGCUUGGCUCACAGCCAGAGCUUCAAACUGGUUUGAACCCGUUCAGUCAUGGCCAACGAAGCAAAACCAGAACAGACCCAAAUUUUUUAAAUCAGCCACAGGGAGCUUUGCUGGCUUGCGGGGUGAGCUUUUCUGAGCACAACAGUGGCGCUCAGUGCUAAUUAAUUUAAUUUUUUAAAUGUGGGUGAUUCAGAACCAGAACUGGAAAAAUUAGAGGUCGAAGCCCUGAAAUGGGAGACUUGGAAGAGGCAUCGGGAGUCCUUUCAGGAGCUGACGCAUGAGACUGGAUUAUUCGUAGGACUGAAGAGAGUGACACACAUUCAGAGUGGCACAGCCGGCCACCAGCUUUGAGCAUGGCACCACUGUUUGAGACUGCAAAAUCUGAUGGGCAAGAAAUUUGGUUGCUAUGCAAUGUGUGUGGUGCCCUUGUUUUUUAAGAGGAGAUUAAGUUUCCAGCAAGCCUUCAACCUGUAAUUUUUCCCGUUCCAGUUAUAGUUCUGGUUCACCCAAAUUCUAAAAAUUCAAGUCUGUUCCAGUGUCAUUUUCUCGGCCAUGUUUGAACCGGGAAGAGCUGGUUUGAAGCCCUGCUCAUAGCAUAUGCUCAGUAAAUGUUUGCUGCCAGUAGUAGUAAUAGUAGUCGUGGUGGCGGUGUGUUUUGGUGUGUCUGGAGAUAUUUUUGCCCAUGUGAGCAUGUGACCUCUUUGAGCACAUGCAUCGGUGUGUGUCACAGUGACAUGUCCGUGUGAGUGUGCCUCCUUGAUGCCUGUGUAUUUCUGUGUGUGUGCGUGUCAGCAUGAGUGCUUGGGCGGGUAUGUGUGCCAGUGUACUCUGUGUCUGCAGGUGUGUCCUUGUGUAUGUUAGCCAGUGGCUGUGUCCCAUUAGACUGUGUGUAUGUGUCCACAUACCUGGUGUCUACACAACACAGAGAGACAGAACACACGAGAGCAGAGAUGUGGGAGAGACAGAGAGAACACAAGAGAGCAGAGAUGUGGGAGAGACAGAGAGAACACAAGAGAGCAGAGAUGUGGGAGAGACAGAGAGUGAGCAAGCUCAUGAGAAUGCCUGCAAGAGGAACCUGCCAGUGGUUCUUAAUUAACCCCCACGGAACCCAGCAAAUGCCCGUGCUAAUCAGCCACGGGGAACUUUGCUGGCUUGAGGGGGUGAGCUUUUCUGAGCACAACAGUGGCGCUCGAUGCUAAUUAAUUUAAUGUAUUAAUGGCAUCCGCUUCCUGUUUUAAUUGGCAUUUAUCUCCAUGGAAGAAUAGCUGGGGCUGGGGCUGGGGCUGGUGGUGGUGGUGUUUUUUUUACUUUUUCCCCUGAUGCUUCUUAGAUUCGUUUGUAACUAAGCCUGAGACCAGCCUCACUGCAGGUUCUCUCAAACAGCAACUUCUCCUGCUUCGUCCAGGACAAAGUGAUCAUUUCCUAAAGGCUGGCAAAGCCGUGAGACUGGGGCUGAUAGGAAAUUAGGAGGAAGGAACCACCCCCAAAUGUAGCCUGUGGCUCUAAGGUCUCAGUCUAACCCUGAGGGUCUUUUGCUGCCUGGGGUGAGGACAUCCCCCUGGGGUAGGACCUGGGCCUGAUUUGGAAAACCAAAGUUUUGAACAUGCUGUUCCCUCUGCUAAGAACACCCCAUCACCUGCACUUCCUCAUGCAGCUAACUGCUUCCCUUUUUUUGUUCUUUUUUUUAAUAAACUUUUUAAUUGAAGUAUAGCGUACACAAGGAAGUACAUAUCAUAAGUGCACAGCACAUUGAAUUUCCACAAAGCAAACACACCCUGUACCCAGCAAACAGAGUGUUACCAGCCCCCGAGAAGACCCCCCAGGCUGCCUUCCAGGUACUCCUCCCCAAGGAGUACUACUACCCUGACUUCUGACAGCACCAGUCGGUUUUGCCUGCCUUUGCGUUGAUCUUAAUGGAAUCACACCGUGUGCGCUCUUUUGUGUGGCUUCUUUUGCUCCAUAUUAUAUUCAGGAGAUUCAUCCAUGCUGUGUUGAUAAGAUGAGCUUCGCACUGUGCUCAGGCCCUCGGCUGGAGGCUGCCCUGGCCUCCAAAGACAGGGAGAUCCUGCGAUUACUGAAGGAUGUGCAGCACCUCCAGAACUCUCUGCAGGAGCUGGAGGAGACCUCUGCCAACCAGAUCGCAGACCUGGAACGGCAGCUCACGGCCAAGUCCGAGGCCAUUGAGAAGCUGGAAGAGAAGCUCCAGGCGCAGUCUGACUAUGAGGAAAUCAAAACCGAACUGAGCAUCCUGAAAGCCAUGAAGCUGGCCUCCAGCAACUGCGGUCUGUCCCAGGGCCUGGCCAAGCCGGACGACUCGCUGCUUAUGGCUAAGGAGACCUUCUUCCCCGCACAGAAGUUCCUCCUGGAGAAGCCGGCUCUCCUGGCCAGCCCUGAGGAGGACCCUUCUGAGGACGAUUCCAUCAAGGACUCGCUGGGCACGGAGCAAUCCUAUCCCUCCCCUCAGCAGCUCCCGCCACCACCGGGGCCAGAAGACCCACUGUCCCCCAGCCCUGGGCAGCCCCUGCUGGGCCCCAGCCUGGGCCCUGACAGCCAGCGUACUUUCUCCCUGUCACCCUUCCCCAGCCUGGGCGCAGGCGAACGGCUGGCGGGAGAUGCACUGCUGCCCAAGCACCUGGUCCCCCCAGCCACCUUCAAGGGGGAGGCAGGUGGUCUGCUGCUGUUCCCCCCAGCCUUCUACGGCACCAAGCCCCCAGCUGCCCCAGCCACGCCUGGCCCAGGCCCUGAGCUGCCCGGGGGCCCGGAGCCGGUGGAGAGCAGCGGGGGAGGCCCAGUGGUAGCCGUGGCCGGGGCGGAGGAGGAGCAGCUGGAUACGGCUGAGAUCGCCUUCCAGGUGAAGGAGCAGCUGCUCAAGCACAACAUUGGGCAGCGGGUGUUUGGCCACUACGUGCUGGGGCUGUCGCAGGGCUCGGUCAGCGAGAUCCUGGCCCGGCCCAAGCCCUGGCGCAAGCUCACGGUGAAGGGCAAGGAGCCCUUCAUCAAGAUGAAGCAGUUCCUGUCGGACGAGCAGAACGUGCUGGCUCUGAGGACCAUCCAGGUGCGGCAGCGAGGCAGCAUCACCCCAAGAAUCCGCACACCUGAGACGGGCUCGGAUGACGCCAUCAAGAGCAUCCUGGAGCAGGCCAAGAAGGAGAUCGAAUCACAAAAGGGGGGUGAGCCCAAGAACUCAACCGCUCCAAUGAGCAUUGCCAACGGCACGACCUCUUCCAGCACCUCGGAAGAUGCCAUCAAGAACAUUCUGGAACAAGCGCGCCGUGAGAUGCAAGCGCAGCAGCAGGCCUUGCUGGAGAUGGAGACAGGGCCCCGUGGCCGCUCGGUGCCAUCCUCACCCCCGGAGCGGCCUUCACUGGCUGCUGUGAGCCAGAAUGGGGCCCCGGCCUAUGUCAAGCAGGAGGAGGCUGGCAGUGGCGGUGCUGGUGGAGUCAGUAGCAGCGGGACCAGCAGCAGUGCUACACAGACGUCCCUCACGGUCCUGUCCCCUGCCGCCUUCGUGCAGAGCAUUAUCCGGAAGGUCAAGUCAGAGAUCGGCGAUGCCGGCUACUUCGACCAGCAUUGGGCCUCAGACCGCGGCCUGCUCAGCCGCCCCUACGCCUCUGUCUCGCCCUCGCUCUCCUCCUCCUCUUCCAGCUACUCCGGCCAGCCCAAUGGACGGGCCUGGCCUCGCGGGGACGAAGCCCCCACAGCCACUGAGGACGAGGCAGCCGGAGGUGAAGACGAGCCCCCCAGGGUGGGCGAGCUGAAGGCUGAGGGGGGCGUCCCUGAGGCGGGCAGUGGUGGGCGGCUGGCCUACUACCCAGCAUAUGUACCCCGCACCCUGAAGCCCACCGUGCCUCCCCUGACCCCUGAGCAAUACGAGCUUUACAUGUACCGCGAGGUAGACACACUGGAGCUGACACGCCAGGUCAAGGAGAAGCUUGCCAAGAAUGGGAUCUGCCAGAGGAUCUUUGGGGAGAAGGUGCUGGGCCUUUCGCAGGGCAGCGUGAGUGACAUGCUGUCCCGGCCGAAGCCAUGGAGCAAGCUGACGCAGAAGGGGCGGGAGCCCUUCAUCCGCAUGCAACUCUGGCUCUCGGACCAGCUGGGCCAGGCCACCAGCCAGCCAGUCAGUGCUGCCCAAGCCAGUCCCACCGAACCAAGGCCCUCACCGUCCCCACCGCCUAGCCCCACAGAGCCUGAGAAGAGCUCCCAGGAGCCCUUGAGCCUGUCACUGGAGAGCAGCAAGGAGAACCAGCAGCCGGAGAGCCGUUCUGGCUCCUCACUGGGCGGAAAGAUGUACUUGGGUAGCCAGGCCUCAGGCGGCAUCCAGGAGAUUGUGGCCAUGUCCCCCGAGCUGGACACGUACUCCAUCACCAAGAGGGUCAAGGAGGUCCUCACAGACAACAACCUAGGGCAGCGACUGUUCGGAGAGAGCAUCCUGGGCCUGACACAGGGUUCUGUGUCUGACCUGCUAUCCCGGCCCAAACCCUGGCACAAGCUGAGCCUGAAGGGGCGGGAGCCCUUUGUCCGCAUGCAGCUCUGGCUCAAUGACCCCCAUAAUGUGGAGAAGCUGAGGGACAUGAAGAAACUGGAGAAGAAAGCCUACCUGAAGCGCAGGUAUGGCCUCAUCAGCACCAGCUCGGACAGCGAGUCUCCAGCCACCCGCUCCGAGUGCCCCAGUCCCUGCCUGCAGCCCCAGGACCUCAGCCUCCUGCAGAUCAAGAAGCCCCGUGUGGUGCUGGCACCCGAAGAGAAGGAGGCACUGAGGAAGGCCUACCAGCUCGAGCCCUACCCCUCCCAGCAGACCAUUGAGCUCCUCUCCUUCCAACUCAAUCUGAAGACCAACACCGUCAUCAACUGGUUCCACAACUACAGGUCACGAAUGCGCCGGGAGAUGUUGGUGGAGGGGACCCAGGACGAGCCAGACCUCGACACAAGCGGGGGCCCUGGUGUUCUGCCACCAGGCCACUCCCACCCAGACCCCACCCCACAGAGCCCCCAGUCUGAGGCUGAGGACCAGAAGCCUACAGUGAAGGAACUGGAGUUUCAGGAGGGCUCUGGGGAGAGCGUCAUGCCCCUGACCACCCAAGACAAGCCCCAGGUGAGGAUCAAGCAGGAACAGACAGAGGAAGACACUGAGGAAGAGGAGAGAGGCCAGCCCCAGAACUUAGGGGAGCCCGAAGAGGGCCAGGCUCCUCCCAAAGAGGAGCAUCCUGACCCUCCAGAUAACAAUGGACUCCUCAAAGUGGCUCCAGGGCCCCUCCUUCCAGGCGGGACCACCCCAGACUGCUCCUCGAUACAUCCCCCCCGGGAGAAGGAGGUCAGGGAGCAGCUUCACCCGGACCCACUAAGUUUUAAGUCAGCCUCGGAGUCCUCACGCUGCAGCCUGGAGGUGUCACUGAACUCACCCUCAGCUGCCUCCUCGCCAGGCCUCAUGAUGUCUGUGUCGCCUAUCCCCUCCUCCUCAGCCCCCAUUUCUCCAUCCCCACCUGGAGCCCCCCCUGCCAAAGUGCCGAGCGCCAGCCCCACUUCCGACACAGCUGGGGCUUUGCACCCCAGCGCCAAGGUGAACCCCAACUUGCAGCGGCGGCACGAGAAGAUGGCCAACCUGAACAGCAUCAUCUACCGGCUAGAGAGGGCUGCCAAUCGGGAGGAGGCCCUGGAGUGGGAGUUCUGACGGCAGGGAUGAGGGGACAAGGGGGAUACUAUGGUGGUCACUUUCCCUCUCUCACUCACUGUCCUGGAGAGGAUAGGGCAAGGGAGGGAGGAACUCAACCAUCAAAAUGUGGACAGGAGUGUUAUUCCGUUUACGUUUUUUGUUGUAAUCCUAGUUUUACAAGUUGUGAGUGGGUGGGUGGGGCAGGUGCCACUGCCUCCUCUUUGCGGCACCCCCUGCCCUAAGGAGCACCUGGAGCUCUGCUCUCUUCUCCACCCUGACCUCUCUGCAGGAGGCUGAAGCAAGAUGGCGCCACAUUUUCACCUGAAAACUCAAAACUCUUUUAGAAAAAUAAAUAAAUAUUUAUAGACUUCUUUUAGAUAUUUUAAUAAAGGAUCCUUUGGAAUUUAUUCCCAGCCGAUGCUGUUUUGAUAUUACAGAGAGUUAUAAAAUCAGGAUGCUGUCACAACUGUUGCGAAGUAUACACUGAAGUUGUGUUGUUUUUGCCACUAGAUGAGAUUAAAAGAAGACAAUUAUUCAAAGCCAUCACAAGACACUAUAAGACUGACCAAAAUUUAGAUAACCCUUGAACCACCAUUUUUUCCCACAUCUUGUCUGUGAGACACAGUGCAUUGCUACUGCCCUUCCAGAAACCGUGUGGAAAAAGAGAAAAGUCCAAAAGACUCUAAAUAAAAACCUCGAUGCCAUUGAGGAUGUGUUUCUUUCUGGUGGUCUGUUUUGCAACCUUGAUAACACAAAAUGUCUCGUGCCGUGGUAAAUGUUGUAGAGAUGUGGGCUGUGGCCCGACUGUCCUAUACGAGAUGUAGCAUGGUACAAAACAAACUGCUUACACUCCCUUGAGUUAGACACCUGUGGGCCAUGGAACUCGGGUCAGACACCAUCCAUAGACAAGACGUGGUUCCAGACCCUUUGGAAAGCCGGGCAUGGGGCAGGUGCUUGGAGGAUGGUGCUUGAGCCGGAGUGACCCCAUUCCCCAACUUGAAUCGUGGCCACAGCCCAGGACGUUUCCCCACUGGAAUCAACAUGGGCAUUCCUGAGGAAAACUGUGGCCACCAUCUUCCCCUCCUGUGUUUUAAGAAAGAAACAGCAUUGGAUAUCCCACAGCACUGAAGCUUGGCAACCAGCGCCAAAAAGGUAAAUUAGCCAAACUAGAGACCCCAGCUCCCUUUCUUGCCAUCUUACCUCACAAGUUGACCCUGGUGCUGUUCUGGAAGCUGUCUACGACUCAGAGUCCUUGCAGAACAAAGUGAGAUGGCCAAGUUCAUCACAACACAUCCACCAUCUCCCAGCCUCCAAGCCCAUUUUCCGGUUUCCAAGGAAUGCUGGUUUGGGCAGCAAAGCUCCAGCACCCCACUUCAGAGUUCAGCGGCCUUCCUCCAGAGUCUUCAUCAUGGUUUCUAGAGGGAGAUUUCCCAUUUUGGAUGGAGUAGCCGCCAUAUUGGUUGUUGAAGCUCUCAUUUGUUUUUCUUUCUUUUCCUUUGUCAAACUCUCCGUGGGAAGGCUGAAUUAGGUGACUCCUCAGCUGAAUCCAGAAUGACGAUGAAGGGGUGGCCAAAAUCGGCACCAAUGCAAUGCCCAGGAGAGAGAUGGCCGGUAGGGGUCUCAAGGAUGCAGCAAGUGUUUGGAAACCAAGUUUACAAAACCCAGUGACCAGAAGGGAACAAUUGAGGGCCGUUCCAGAAAUUGCAACUCUCAUGCACCCAGCCCAGGCUGCAGAUUGCACCCCAAUCAGCAACAACACAAACCCUGAUGGAAAACUUCCUUUUCCAUACUCCCAGGCUAUGCAUUGAAGAGUUUUCCACUGUAUACAUUUUUAUCCAGAUGAAGGUAUUUUUAUAUUUUGACAAUAGGAAACAGUGACCAAUUUUCAGAGUACUCAAAUCUGGAACAAACGAACCAUCUCCUUUUAGCCACCACCGCCCUGUCGCAAUCUAGACAACUGUGGGGGAACACACCACUUUUUACUGUUGAAACCCACACAACAUAGAAAUCCAGGCUUACACGCCGACUACGAGUCUUAGAGAGCUAAAUUUGGCUUUAGUGUGACGGGAUUUGAUUAAGCACUUAGUAUAUAGUCUUUUGAACACAGAAAUCCUGUUGUACUUAAAGCUACCAGACCUGUGAACAACUUUGUCAGGUUCACAUCCUAUAAUGGGAAAAAAAAAAAAAAAAAAACCCACAAAACCAUUUCUAUGAGAGAUUGAUGAACUUUGUUUAAACUUUUAAAAAAAGAAAGAAGUUCUGUAAACGAGUCACUAAAUACAGAAUUGUAUAAUGAUG